UCUCCCACCACCUCUCUAGACUCUACUCACUCUCCUCUCUAUCCUACAAACAAACAAAAAGCCCACACCCUAAUCUAUCCCUACCCUUUUUAAUAUUCCCAGCUUCAUCAAUCCUUCCCUCCCUCUCUUGCAUUGAACUUUCACACAUUACACCUCCUCUUACAAUGUGACCUUCAUUUCCUCUCCAACCCCCCUUUAAUGAUCUAAUAAUCAUUCUCAAUCAACCCCCUCUCAGAUUCCUCUCACCAUCAUUCAUCAAUGGGUAAAAGAACUGAUUCUACAUCAAUCAGAUCAAAAACCCUCCCAUCAUCCCCAACCCAUUCCCUCUCUUCCUCCUCAUCUUCUUCAGAUUUUGAAUUUCGAAUCUCCAUUUCUCCCCGUAAAUCCUCCGCCGCUCUUUGUCCCGCCGACGAGCUUUUCUACAAAGGUCAGCUUCUUCCUCUUCACCGAUCUCCUCGUAUUUCAAUGGUGCGUACUCUUUUAUUAGCUUCCUCUUCUACUUCCUCUGCUUCAGAUACUAAUACCACCGCAUCUCGUGAUUCUUCUUCUUCGAACGAUUCGACUUCUUCUUCUUUUGCCGCCGAUCUUUCUCUUCUUGCUCCUGGUGAUCCGAUCCCUUUCUGUGAUUCCUCCCGCCCUAGCUCUGUUACUGAAGAUAAGAAUCAUAUUAAGGAUCAAAACAAGAAAACGACGUCGUAUUUGUCUUCUUCCAAGUAUUUUUCUCUAUCUAGAUUCUCUAAUGUGUUUAAAAAGGAUAAUACCCAUAAAACAAAUGAUGGGAAUGGGAUUGGGUCUUCCUCUGUUAAGAAAAUGAGUAAUUCUGCUAAGGAAGUUAUAAGAAAGUAUUUGAAAAAAGUUAAACCGUUUUACGAAAAGCUUUCGGUUUCAUCCAAAUCAAAUCAAAAUCCUGCCGAAAAGAGGAAGGAAAUUAGAGCUGUUUUAUUGAGCAGACAAGAAAGUAAAGUAGGAGGAGAGGGAAGUGAGUUGACUCAGUCAUUUUCAGGGAAUUUGAAGAGUUCUAAAAUGAUUGGUAGAAAUUAUGCAGCGAGUUGUCCUUGUUCGAUGCGGUCAUCACCGAGUCAUUCAGGGGUGUUGACUCGAGCUGGGUUACCGAUGCGGGUCGGGUUAGGGAGUAAUGGUAACGGGUCGUGUUCGUCUGAGACAUCUACUAUGGAAGAGUUACAGAAUGCUAUUCAAGGAGCAAUUGCUCAUUGUAAGAAUUCUAUGGUUCAAAAUAGUAGUUCAAGUUUUUCUAAUAAUAGUAGUGUUACUGUUAGUAGCAGCGCUAAUAAUGGCAAGAACAUCAAAGGAAAGGGUUUGUUAUUAGACAUAUGAUUAUUGAUUAGCUAUUCUAGUCAGAGAUCGUUUUUUAUCGUGUCAAAUUCAAAAUAAACGGCUUAUGUAGUAAAGUUGUGUUAGUUGAGUCGUUCAAUCCAUAUAUGAGUAGCAUUUUAUAAUAAGACGAUCUCAUACAAUAAUUAAUAUUAGAAAUAAUAAAUAUGUUCAAGA